AUUGUGUACACACCGGUCUUACUGACCUGUGUACUAUCGCGAAAGGAAUUGUGGGUAGCACUACUUUUUCAACAUGGCUGCCGAUUGACAUCAUCUCAGUUUGUCAACGUUCAAGCCAUGGAAACAGCAACUCCAGUAAAGUCAGUGAGGGCCUGUCUAACCUGUAAUCGUUCAUCUCAAGGACAUUUAAAAAACUUAAGAAAUGUAGCUAUGCGAUCCAUACUACUGAAAAAACAGUUUGAAUGUCUGGGCUGCAAUAUUGAAGACCUUGUGAAAGUAGUACAUGAGAAUCUGUUGGUUUGUGACACAUGUUUGAAAAUAUUGGACAAACUAUCAGAAAUGAAGUUGAAUUUACAAAUGAACAUGAAAGAACUAAAGAAGAGUGAGGAUAGAACAAAGAGAUUAAUUAUGCAUUCUGUUUCUCCAGUAGUUAAGAAGUUCAAGGACACAACUGUACCAGUAAAAUCUAGAAAAAGUUCAAGGGCACUUUUUAAGAUGCCAUCUCCAUCUCCAUCAAGAUGUAUUGAUUCAGUUAUUAGUCCAAAAUCAGGCAGCAUUGAUCAUUCAUACUCUGGUAUACCAAGCAAAACAAAAACACAAAGCCUUGACCAUUUGUAUUCAACAACCGUAAAUCAAAAUGUAGAUCUUAAUAAUCCAUACAGUUUUCAUAAGAAGAAAAUACUGAUGCCUCCUGAAAUUACUGUUAACGAAAAGAAAAGUGUCAUAACAAUAUUUGAACAAUCAUCAAAAGACACUGUAAGUGUUAAUACUGUUUUGGAAAAACUUCUUGAUCUCCCUUCUGUAAAUGAAAGACUAUAUCUAUGUUUAUUGCAACGACUAUCUGGAGAACUAAACAGGAUCUGUGGAACAAAAGACAAAAGUGUUUUAAGGACAAAGGUGUCAGAACUAGAACCUGAAACCUUUUUCAGUGACAUUGUAAAAGAAAUGCACUUGAAAUGUCCGAAGGUGUUGCAGUUUCUGAUAACCCUGUCUUGCCCAAUGGAUCUUGCAGUUCCAGAGAAAAAACAUGGUAUAGCAGCUAUGUAUGCACUUGGCAUGUACUUACGGAACAACCACAUGAUUGCCUUUCAAAAAGCUGUUGCUGCAUCAUGUAUAAGAUAUAAUGCAGGGAAUGGACUCAUGGAGUUUUUACACAACCUGGGAAUGUCAAUACCUACAAAAAGCAAGCUGCCAAUGUUGGAUGACCUUGGACAAAUAAAUGGUCGGGAUGUAGUUUCUGCUUUGGCUAUUGGGAAAACCAUCAAAAUCACAGUUGAUAACAUUGACGGGCACAUAAAAGCUUAUCAGGUCAGGCUUGGUAGUGGAAACAGAGAUUUUCACUACACUCAUUGGUCGAUCCUUAUCGACAGAUUUGACCCAAGAGAUCUUCAAGGACUGAGCACACAACCGAAACAGAUAACUGCCCAAGGACCUGACCCUACCAUCUUCUUUUUGUCUUCAAACGAACAUGAAGCAUUAAGGAAAAGAUGUACUCAGCUUGUCAUGCGGAUACUGGUAGAAGAAAUACAGCCAUUGUCCAUGUUUUCUACGGCAACACCUCGUCUUGUGGACCAUAAAUACAAACAAGUGGUUGAUAGACCAUCACAAGUUCAUUCAAUGUUUGUGAUCAUGAAAGACCCAAAGUCAUUACCUAAUUGUGUUCAGAUAAUGGACACUAUAUUAGGAACCAUAGAGUCAUUAUAUACACCUGCUGGGAGAGGUAUUUAG